AUGGCGAAAGCUUAAUCUAGGAGUGCCUCCUCCAUCAUUACGGCAUUCACGGAACAAUAGUAAAUGAUUAUUUAAUGGUGUAGUUAGGAAAUCCAGCUGUUGGAAGCCUAAAGAGAAUUCGAUGAGAUGACAAAGGAGAUCAUGUUAAGGAGAAAGAAGUUGAUGUAACAAUUUGAAAAAGGGAAAAAGAAAGCGCCAGAGAAGACUGAUGCAUCUAAAGCAGAGAAGUUUAAGAAUAUGGUAUAUUUUUUAAUUGAUUAUUUAAGGAUGAGCAUUCCAUUCCGUUAACAGAGUUAGAAAAAAGAUUGGAAACAUCAGCCAAAAAUGGGUUGAGCAAGCACCAGAUUGAUGCAAAAUUGCAACAGUAUGGAAAGAAUGUUCUCUCCUCUAGAGAAAAAACUCCAUGGUAUAUGAAAUUACUUCAUGAAUUAACAAAUGUAUUUGCUCUGCUACUUUGGGCUGGUGCCUUACUGUGUUUCAUUGCUUAUGGCCUCGCACCUGACGACCCUUCAAAUGUAUUUGAAAUAAUUUAGGCUAGCUUUACUUAGGAAUAGUCUUAAUUGUAGUCGUUGUUGUUACGGCCGUAAUCACAUUUUUCUAGAAUCAAAAAUCAGAAGCCAUUAUGGAAGCAUUCAAGAACUUCAUACCUCCAGAAACGUUAGUAAUCAGAGAUGGAGAAUAAUAAAAACUCUAGGCAACAGAAUUAGUUCCUGGAGAUGUUGUCGUGGUUGAAUUUGGAAAACGUAUUCCGGCUGAUAUCAGAAUAAUUGAAAGCAAUGAAAUGAAAGUCGAUAAUUCGAGUUUAACAGGGGAGUCAUAGUUACUUUUGAGGACGCCUGAAUGCUCUCAUCCAUAGAAUCCAUUGGAAACUAAAAAUUUGGCAUUCUUUGGUACCUUAUGCAAAGAAGUAUUUCUAAUUAAUAUUUCAGGGUAACGGCAAAGGGAUUGUCGUAUUUACAGGAGAUAAGACCGUUAUCGGAUAAAUUGCAGGAUUGGUUGAAAGUUCGGAAACCGAAGAAACUCCAUUGAAGAAAGAGUUGAAUGCUUUCAUUACCUAUAUUGCCUAUAUUGCUAUUUCCAUCGGAGUUAUUUUCUUUGUGCUUGGAUUUGCAGUAGGAUAUCGUAUUCUCUUAAUAUCUAUCUUUAGCUGCCGUUACUAAUCUCAUCUUUGCUAUUGGUAUUAUAGUUGCCAAUGUUCCAGAAGGUCUUUUAGCCACAGUUGUCGUUGCCUUGACAUUAACAGCAAAGAAAUUGGCAGGGUUGAAGGUCUUGGUUAAAAAUUUAGAAGGUGUGGAGACAUUAGGGUCUACAUCUUGCAUUUGUUCUGAUAAAACAGGUACGUUAACAUAGAACAAGAUGACUGUUGAGAAUAUAUGGUAUAAUGGUAAGAAGAUGAGAGGUCAUAGUAGAGAGAAAAUGGGUCCAGAAUUUAAAUAUGAAUAUGAUUUCAAAGACCCAGGAUUUUAACUUCUCCAUGAAACAGCGAUCAUAUGUUCUGAGGCUGUCUUUGAUAGCAGUCUACCAUAGGAAUAACAAAUUAAAAUACAAAAUUUGAUUGGAUUGACUUAAGAAUAAAAAGAUGCAAAAAUGGAAGAAGCAAAAGCAAAAUGGAAAGCAGCAUAUGAUAAAUUGCCAUGUUAAGAAAAACCUACUGUAGGAGAUGCUUCUGAAACUGCUCUCAUUAAAUUCUUCUAGCCAAUCAAGGACAUUCUCCAAACUAGAGCCUCCAGAAAUGUGGCUAGGGAUUUGAAUAUGAAAUAAGCAAGAAAGCCUUUUAAUUCAACCAAUAAAUAUGCCUUCAUCAUCGUUGAAUAUGAAACCGAGAAUUCACAUUAUUGUCUGUUAACAAAAGGGGCACCAGAAAGAAUUUGGGGGUUAUGUGAUACAGUGUAUAAUAAUGGAAAAGCUGAGGUAAAGGAUGAGAAAUGGGAAAAAGGUUUUGAUUAAGUGAAUGCCUAAUUUGGUAAAUAGGGUGAAAGAGUAUUGGGCUUUUCCAGACUUCACUUACCUAAAGAUCAAUUUCCUCAGGGAUAUCAUUUCAACUUAGAUAAAAUGAACUUCCCAUUUAAUAAGUAGGUAUUUGUUGGGUUGAUUUCCUUAAUUGAUCCACCUAAAGAUAAUGUGCCACAUGCUGUGUAGAAGUGUAAAUCUGCUGGUAUUUAAGUAAUUAUGGUUACUGGGGAUUAGCCAGUUACAGCAGCUGCCAUAGCUAGACAAUGCAACAUCAUCACAGAAAAAACAGUAAAUGAAAUCAUGGAAGAAAAGAACGUCUCUUUUGAAGAGGCAUUUCAUUAAUCGAAUGCUUUGGUAAUUCAUGGAGAUAGAUUAACUAAAAUGGCAAUUGAUGAUGAAGGAUUGCCAGAAGAUGAGAAGGGUAGAUAACUCUAAGAAUGGCUUAGCAAACCCUAAUUGGUGUUUGCAAGAACCAGUCCUGCAUAAAAAUUAAUUAUUGUUGCUGGUUGUCAAAGAAGAGGUCACAUUGUAGCAGUUACUGGAGAUGGUGUCAAUGAUAGUCCUGCAAUAAAAAAAGCAGACAUUGGAAUUGCUAUGGGUAUUACUGGAUCUGAUGUUGCUAAGGAUGCUGCUGAUAUGAUUUUAUUGAAUGAUGAUUUCUCAAGUAUUGUUGUUGGAAUUGAAGAAGGAAGAAAGAUAUUUGAUAACUUCAAAAAGUGCAUUGUUUACUGUUUGACUUCCAAUAUUGCAGAGUUGGUUCCAUUUUUAGGAUUUAUCAUUUUCAGAUUGCCUUUACCAUUAACUACUGUGUUGGUUUUGUGCAUAGAAGUAGGUACCGAUGUCUUUCCAUCAAUGGUGUUUGUCUUUGAGGAUGCUGAUUUGGAUGUUAUGACAAGAAGGCCAAGAACGAAAAAUGAGCAUUUAGUGGGUGGACAACUGUUGUGGUUCGCGUAUACUUAAAAUGGUAUCUUAGAAACAUUCUGUGGAUUCUUUUAAUGGUAUGUAACACUUAAUGAUUUUGGGUUUACUCCUACUACUCUCUAUUUCAUCUCAAAUAAAUAAGGAGUGCUACAUGGUGACAAUGAUGUUUACGAUCCAAAUGAUCCCUGGUUUGGUAAUACAAAACUUAGGGAUAACUACAAAAAUGGCACAUGCACUGGAACUGAUCUAGAUGGAUAUGAAGAUAUUGAUUGGGUUUAUGCUAAUCAUGGCAGAUAUGAUCUGAGAAUGGUUUAUCUUAAGUGUGAGGAUGGCAAAAUUGUUCCUAACAUUGAAUUUGGUGAUUGUCAUGUUGAUUUGGUAUCUCCAGUCACUAAGAAGCCCUAUUGUUAUCAUACAGAAGCAUCAAGCUAUGCAUAAACUUCAUUCUUCUUUGCAGUUGUUGCUGGUCAAAUUUGUAACUAUCAAGCUUUGAGACAAUUGAAAAGUGCUGGUUUCUUCACAGGUAUUCUUUUAUUCCAUAAUUCUUAGGAUUCCACAAUUACUUCAUGGUCCUAGCUUACUUUGUCGAAUUCUUAUUGACUUGGAGUUUGUCAUAUCUAGAGGCAUUUAAUACAGUCUUUGGAACAAGGGACAUAAUUUUUAUACAUUAUGGUAUAUGCGCUUUACCUUACGGUAUGGUGAUGAUUAUUUGGAAUGAAGGAAGAAAACUAUGCGUAAGAUUUCAUAAAUAACAUUAUAGAUUCGUCACUUCAAAUCAAAAUCAGUGUUGCCAAGUUGGUGGGAUAGAUGCGUAGUAUAUUGA